AUGUCUCUCUCUCGCUGUGGGCGUCUUGCCCGUCUCUCUCUGGCGGGUGCCCGCCCUGUGGUUGCGGCCCCCCGUGCCUUCGUCGCCAGAUCCGUCCCCCUCGUGCGGGAGUAUCCUCCACCAGCCGCGAUGCGCAGCAAAAGCUCUCUGAAGGACUCCGACCCCACCGUGUUCAGCAUCCUGGAGAAGGAGAAAACCCGUCAGCAGCACUUCAUCAACCUGAUCCCCUCUGAGAACUUCACAUCCCAAGCCGUUCUCGAUGCCCUCGGCAGUGUUAUGCAGAACAAGUACUCGGAGGGAUACCCCGGAGCCCGUUACUAUGGUGGUAAUGAACACAUUGAUGCCUCGGAGCGUCUGUGCCAGCAGCGUGCGCUUGAGACUUUCCGUCUCAACCCCGAGGAAUGGGGUGUCAACGUUCAGCCUCUCUCCGGCUCUCCCGCUAACCUCAUGGCCUACUCCGCCGUGCUCAACACUCACGAUCGCCUGAUGGGUCUGGAUCUCCCCCCACGGUGGCCACCUACCCCUACCAAGAAGAUCUCUGCCAUCUCUAAAUACUUCGAGACCCUACCCUACCGCCUGGAUGAGUCCACCGGUCUGAUCGACUAUGAUGCUCUGGAGAAGCAGGCUCUCCUGUACCGCCCUAAAUUGAUUGUCGCCGGUACCUCCGCCUACAGCCGUCUGGUUGACUACCCUCGCAUGCGCGCUAUUGCCGACAAUGUUGGCGCUUACCUCUUGACCGAUAUGGCACACAUCUCCGGUCUCGUGGCCGCCGAUGUCCUCCCUUCGCCCUUCCCAUACUCUGAUAUCGUCACCACCACCACCCACAAGUCUCUGCGUGGUCCCCGUGGUGCCAUGAUCUUCUACCGCAAGGGUCUCCGUCGCACCGACAAGAAGGGCAACAAGGAGAUGUACGAUUUGGAGAACCCCAUCAACGCCUCGGUCUUCCCCGGCCACCAGGGCGGCCCCCACAACCACACUAUCACCGCGCUGGCCGUGGCCCUCAAGCAGGCGCAGUCUUCCGAGUUCCAGGAAUACCAGAAGACCGUCCUUGCCAACUCCGCAGCCCUGGCCGAGCGCCUGGGCGAGUCCACCAGCAACGGUGGUCUCGGAUAUAACAUCGUCUCCGGUGGCACCGACAACCACCUGGUCCUUGUUGACCUGAAGAACCGUGGUGUCGACGGUGCCCGUGUCGAGCGUGUUCUCGAGCUGUGCGGUGUCGCCAGUAACAAGAACACCGUGCCCGGUGACAAGUCCGCUCUCAAGCCCGGCGGUCUUCGUCUGGGUACCCCCGCCAUGACGUCUCGUGGCUUCCAGCCCGAGGAUUUCCGCCGUGUUGCGGAGAUUGUCGACCGCGCUGUUAUCCUGACACAGAAGCUGGACAAGGCUGCGCGGGAGCAGGCGCAGGCCCGCGGUGCCAAGAACCCCGGUACUGUCAAGGCGUUCCACGAGUAUCUGGGUGAGGGUGAGGAGAUUUCAGAGAUUGUACUUCUCCGCCAGGAGGUGGAGGACUGGGUGGGCACAUUCAGUCUGCCUUGGGCUAAGGAUCAGUAG